GUUGGAGUUCGAGCGAAAGAGCGAAGGGAAGCAAAAUGGCGGAACUUGAAGAUGUUACGCUGGAUGGUAAACCUUUACAUUCGCUUCGUGUGGCGGAUUUAAAACUCGCUUUGGAACAACGAAAUUUGCCAAAAAGCGGGCAGAAAAAUGCACUUAUUAAGCGACUGAAAGGGGCACUCAUGUUGGAGAACCUCCAGAGAACAUCAACUCCUCACAUUGGACUCCAGCCCAACUCCCAGAUAGGGGAGGAGAUGAGUCAGAACAGCUUUAUAAAACAGUACCUGGCCAAACAGCAGGAGCUGCUUCGGCAGAGGCUUGAGAGAGAGGCCAGGGAGGCUGCGGAGGCCGACGAAAGCCCGGCCAUCCCAGAAGAGAUGGACCUCACAGGGGGCAACGACGGGGGGUCCUAUCUCCAAGACAAGCACCACCCAAUGCCCUCUCAGCCUCCAUUGACCAGGGCAGAAGAAGAAGGAGGUGGACUGCCAGGAGGUCCACUGAUGAUGGGCCAGGGGAUGAUGGGCCAGGGGGUGAUGGGGCAGGGGAUGAUGGGUCAAGGGAUGAUGGGCCAGGGGAUGAUGGGGCAGGGGAUGAUGGGCCAGGGAAUGAUGGGCCAGGGAAUGAUGGGCCAGGGGAUGAUGGGCCAGGGGAUGAUGGGUCAAGGGAUGAUGGGUCGCAGGCCAGACUUCAGCUCUGGAUCUGUUCCCCAGGAAUCCUCUGACACCCCUGGGGGCCGUAUCCAGCGCCCUCCCCUCCACCCAGGCCACGAAGAGCCCGCCACCCCCUCCCCACCCCGGGCAGUGGCCUCCCUGUCAGUGCGUGUCCUGGGCCAGCCUGAGCGCCAAGGCUUGCCCCCCUCCAUGCCCCGCCCCCAGGAGAAGGAAGGCAUAGCCCCCUCAGAGCCAGGCUCCGCCCACCCCGUGCUGCACCAGAGCCGGUCCGCCCGUGCGGCAGCCGGCCGCGCCCACGACGAGAGCGAUGACGAUGACGACGAUGAUGACGACGACAGCGAGGAGGAUGAAGAGUGGGGCCCGGCGGCGGGGGCGAGGAGAGGUGGGGGUGGACGAGCCCCCCCCAUGCCCCCACAGCCCUCCCCCAGUGUCCCAACGGCCGGCCGGGAGAGAUCCAGACGCAAGCUCCAGCCCCCGCAGCACAUCCCCCCACAGCAGGUACACCAACCCCCCAUGCUGCGCCAACCCACCCCACCCCCGUCUCCACCCCCAGAGCUCUCCUUCCCCCUCCCUGACACCCCCAAGCAGAGCCCGCCCGACAUGGAUGAGCCAGAGGGAGCAGGGCCCGGGAUGGCAGGCGGGGCAGCUCGCCCCCCUCCAGGGCUCCAGAGGCAAGACUCCGACUCCAGUUCCCGCUCCAGCAGCCCAGAGCCGCCACAGCAACGCCGGCCUGGCCCCCUCUCCCUGCUGGCCCGCAAGAUGGAGUCCGAGGGAGCCUUUGGCGCGGAGGGACGGAAGAGAGGCGAGGAUGGCCAGGCGGGUCCUGUCAUGGCUGGCUCAGGAGAGAGCCUGCCCGGGGUAGGAGAUGGGCCAAGUGUGGUUGUGUUCCCUGGAAGUGCUCUCGCCCACACAGGCAGCUCAGCAGGUCACGUUGUCCCCGUACCCGAGCUUUUAGCCCCGGUUGACAUGUCGGCGACUCGUCCCACAGCCGUCCCCACCAUCACCCUCGGGUCCGCCUCGGAGCUCCAGAGACAGGCUGAAAGGGAGAAGGGACAAACGGAGGAGAGAAAAGAAAAGGAGAGCAGUCUGCCGCCGUGGAAACGUGGAAGAGACUUCACCUCCGCAACCCUCUCUGCUGCAGCCGCAUCUCAGGUGGGGGCAGAGGAACCUCCAGGAGACCAGGGGGGGUCGGCCACGUCCCCCCAGACGUCCAGGAAGUCAUUCUUCCAGAGGGACACGCCCCAGGCCCCCACCUCCCCUCCAGGCACCACAAGGAGGCCCCGCAUGUUCUCCGACACCUCCACCGGUUCCAUGGUGUCCCCCGCCAAGCUAGAACACCCUCUCCGCCAGGGGGUGCUGGUCUCAGGACCCCAGUCCGCAGACAUGGAGGUCACCGCCACACCACCUGACAAGGCGUCCCCUAAGAAGCCAGACGGAAAUGAUGUGGAGAUGCCCAAUAUGGAACUCAAGAAGAGGGGUCCGUUGGAGUUCAAGGAUGUUCCAGUGAAGAGCCAGUUGGAGCCUAUGGGACCUGUGUUGCCCCCUGUAGCCCCAGCCGGUAAAGUGGCAGAGAGGGGGAGGCAGGAGAAGAAGGAUAGAGGCAAGAAGUCCCCUGUCUCCAGCGACUCUUCAUCCUCCGACUCUGACUCUGGAUCGUCUUCAUCAGGAUCCUCCUCUUCCUCCUCCCAGGACAAGUCCCGCCCCACCAGGCUAAAGAAGAAGGCCGCCCCAGGAAAGGGGGAUGGAAAAGGAGGACAAGUUAAAGGACAGUCCAAAAAACUCCCUGCAAGGGAGGUGAAGUCUCAGCCCAGUGGCCCUUCGGUGAUGGAGGUGGACCAGGACUCUGAGAGCUCCCCAGCCCAGGCCGUCCAGGAGGCCGACCCCGACCGCAGUGAGGGCCGUCUGGAGGAGAGCUCUACUCCUAAGGCUUUUGCAGCCCGCAAGAUCUCCCUGACCAGUGAGUAUACCCGUCUCCAGACCACAGGCAGCAAGACUUCUCCAGUUGGCGGCGAGGCCGGUGCAGGGGAGGCGGAGUCAGGAGGGCUGGGCGGGAGGAAGAGGAGGUGGGGCUCCAGCACAGCCGUCACUACCAAGAAGCCGUCCAUUAGCAUCACCACCGACUCACUGAAGUCUCUGAUCCCAGACAUAAAGGCCAGCCAGGAGGCGGUGGUUGAGCUGCACCCAGAAGAGCUGCACCUGUCUGGGGAGGAGGAGGAGGAAGAGAGGGGUGAGGAGGACACCCCCUCCAGGGAGAACAGGGAGGACCAGGGCCUGGACAAGGGCCUGCAGAUCAGACGCACAGUCACUCAGGUGGUCCCUGGCGAGGGCCAGAAGAACGGGCAGAGAGACCAGAGGGAUGAGGAAGAGGAGGAGAAACGGGACCAGGAGAGAGGAAGGACACGCAAGGACAGGAGGAAGAGCAGCGCUUCAGAGGACGCCUUGAAAACCGAGCCCUCCACAAAGGACACGGACGCCCAGAAAGUCACCCCCAGCGACACCCUGGUGCGUCGCUCCAUCAGCCAGCAGAAGUCCGGCGUGUCCAUCACCAUCGACGACCCCGUCCGCUUGGCCAAGCAGCCCUCCCCGCCCCGCGGCAAAGUCUCCAAGAUCGUCCACGUUUCCAACCUGGUGCGACCUUUCACCCUGGGCCAGCUUAAGGAGCUGCUGAACCGCAGCGGGUCCCUGGUGGAGGAGGGCUUCUGGAUCGACAAGAUCAAGUCCCACUGCUAUGUCACUUAUGCCACUACAGAGGAGGCGGUGGCCACCAGGGCAGCCCUCCAUGGGGUGAAGUGGCCCCAGAGCAACCCUAAAGUCCUCAGCGUGGACUUCUGUGAACAGGAAGAGCUGGACUUCCACCGGGGUCUCCUGGUCGUGGAGCGGGCCGGAGAGGAGCCCCACCCGGGGGGUCCUCACGGCCGGCCGGCCGCCCUGCCCCCCCUGAUGCCCGAGCGCGGCGGGCUGGGAGGGGUGCGGGACCAGUGGGCGGAGCGAGAGAGGGAGAUGGAGCGUCGAGAGAGGACCCGGGCCGAGAGGGAGUGGGACCGGGACAAGAUCCGAGACUUCGGGAGGCCGGGGGAGGAGGGGAGGCGCUCGCCCUCCCGGGAGAGGAGGAGGAAGGAGAGGGGGAAGAGCAAGGAGAAGAAAACGGACAAAAAGGCGGAGAAAGGAGACGAGCCUCCAGUCAAACUGCUUGACGACCUGUUCCAGAAGACCAAAGCAGCUCCAUGUAUAUACUGGCUUCCCCUCUCAGAGGAGCAGGCGGCUCAGAGGGUUCUGGACCGCGCCGAGCGGCAGAAGGAGAGAGAGAGGCGACGAAAAGAACUGCAGGAGGAGGAGGAGAAGAAACGCGAGGAGGAGCGGAAGGAGAGGGUCAAAAACAGAGAGAAGGAGGGUGGGGCAGCUGCUGCUGCUGGAGGAGCAGGAGGAGCAGGAGGAGCGGGCAGAGGAGUGGAGGGAGACAAGGAUCGAGAGAGGGAGAGAGACAAGGGGAGGGAGCGGGGCAGGGACAGAGAGGGGGGGGAUAAGAGGAGGGAGGGGUACAGACCCCGCGCCCCCUCCGGGGGCGUAGUUGCCGGACGGCGUUCUCGUAGUCGUAGCAACCCCCGAGACAGACGCCGCUGAGGUGCGCUGGUCUGACGAGGGGAGGGAGGGAUGGAGAGAGUAGGAGGAGGGAUGGAGGAUGGGGAGGACACAGAGAACACAAACAAUGAAACACGGCAGAAAGGAGGGAUUAAUUUGCCCCGUCCUCCACCUUGAGAGGGUUCCCUUUUCUCCAAAGUAUGCCCUGCCUCACUUAGCCAUCUGUCUCCCUCACUGCUUUAGGUUGACCCGUUAGAAAGCAGAACAUCGUUCCCCUCUCUCUCCUGCUGUCUCUGCCCCACCUUGCACCGUCGCCCCCCCCCCCCCCCCCCCCCCUCUUGUACAUUAUACUGUGUUGGUCUCACAUCUAGAUUGAUUUGAAGUGUUUUUAGCAAAGUAUACAUACCAACUGUCUGUCCGACUCCACUUUUUCCUCUUUCGCUCUUUCUUUCUCUCCUUUACAUCUAUCUAGAGCGCUCUGCCUUACUCGUAUGGCCUUGUGCUCUUUCUCUCCCCCCCCUUGUUUUUUUUGUACCAGAGAAACUAGUGAAAAGACAGGUUGGUUUGGAUGGGUAGCUAGCUGGCACCUAGCUUGUGCCACUCCCUGAGGUUUGGAAUGAGAAACUCCCCGUUUAAGCUCUGUGGUCACACAGUUCCAAGUCCCCUGUAAUAAAGCGGGUCCCAAAUAGCCCUCCUGAAAUAUGUGCUAGAAUUCAGUUUAGUGUCUCCACUCCUUCAGGCUGUGACGUUCCUCAUUUCUUUUUCUACCGACUGUCGUCUUUGUAGGAUCAUAUGAAGGAGUUCUUUUUUUCUUUUUCUUGCUUUUGAAGUUUUACGAAUCAUGUAAAUUUCAGCCUUGGAGGUUUCGUGUGUUUAAUAUAGCGUGGUUCCCCCCCCCCUCCCCACCAAGGUUUCAGUGACAUGUCGUUACACUGUUGACAGAAUGCUUGAAUUUGAAAUUAGGAACAUUUGUCUUUCCCUUGUGACGAUUAUAGACAUUAUACGCGUGUUGUGUAUGGGGGGGGGAGAGGAUUAUUUGAGAGGCACACCGUUAAGCAUGUAUAAUGUUCUGUAUUUGGUUGUUUCCGGUGGGUGGGUGUGUGGGAAGGAGGCAGAAUCCUGAGGGGGUUCUAGAACACUCGUCACACCACCAUUCUCCCUGCCCACUUUUCUCCAGAAUGCUUAGCUGAUCUCAAAUCAAUUGAUGGGAAGGUUUUCAGGUGCACACUACUGAGAAAAAGAUGGAGGAUUAGGGUGUUAAGUGGUACUGGUCUUGCCUGUUCUAGUUGCUUCUCCAGGUAGCAGUGAUGACCCUUCCUGCUGUGUUUCUUUCCGCUGUUCAAAUAAGGGAGUUUAUCCUAAAAUAGAUUUCACAAGUAAUUGUUACUGUUUUAAUAUUUUGAAUUUUAUGUGUUUGAAACUGAUUUUCUAAUUUUGCUCCAAUUUGAUUUUUUUGUCGGUUGAUUUUUUUUUUCUCUCCUGUAAGUACUGAAUGUACAAAGAUUAAAACAAUAAAUUUAAAGUUAAACAUUA